AUGCAUCUCAGCUUUACGUCGAUAGUUGGCUUGUUGAGCUGUUUGGUCCACUCAGUCAUCGCCAUAGAGGUCGACUUUACUAAUCAUGACUCGAUAAAAUCCGCCGCCAGCACGGUGGCGUACGGAUUGGUGAAAUAUUACACAGGAAACAACACCGGCGAUGUCGCUGGAAACCUGCCAGAUCCGUACUACUGGUGGGAAUGCGGAGCCAUGUUUGGCACUUUGGUAGACUACUGGGCGUUCACGGGCGAUGAGUCGUACAACGCCAUCACGAAGCAGGCUCUCGUGCACCAGAGCGGUACCGACGGCGACUUCAUGCCCGACAACCAGACCAAGAGCGAGGGCAACGACGACCAGGGGUUCUGGGCCCUGGCGGCCAUGACGGCGGCCGAGAACAACUUCACGAACCCGGACUCGAGCGUGCCGGGCUGGCUGGCGAUGGCCCAGGCCGUCUACAACGAGUACGUCGAGCGCUGGAACGAGGCCAGAGACACGUGCGGCGGCGGCAUGCGCUGGCAGAUCUUCACCUUCAACAACGGGUACAACUACAAGAACUCGGUGUCCAACGGCUGCUUCUUCAACAUCGCGUCGCGCCUGGCCCGGUACACGGGCAACGAGACGUACGCCGACUGGGCGACCAAGAUCUUCGAGUGGGAGAUGGGCGUCGGCUUCAUCAACGACGACUACAACGUCCUCGACGGCGCUGGCAACCAGGGCACGGCGAACUGCACUGGGAUCAACGCGGCGCAGUUCACGUACAACGCGGGACUCUUCAUGCACGGCGCCGCCCACAUGUACAACCACACCAACGGUGACGCCGCGUGGAAGACGCGCGUGGACGGCCUCGUGAAGUCCGCCUCGACGGUCUUUUUCGAAAACAGCAUCUUAUGGGAGCCGGCGUGUGAAAAGACGGACUCAGGCUGCAACACCGACCAGCAGGCCUUCAAAGGUCAUCUGGCGCGCUGGAUGGCGCUGACGACCAUCAUCGCCCCCUUCACCGCCGACACCAUCACGCCGCUGCUGAAACUGACCGCCACGGCCGCCGCGCAGCAGUGUUCCGGGCAGAGCGCCGCCAAGUUCCAGGGCCCGGCCGGGACGGCCUGCGGAUUCAGCUGGCUGAAACAGGGCAGCUUCGACGGCAUCACCGGCGUCGGCGAGCAGAUGAGCGCGCUUCAGGCCAUCAUGGGGACGCUGGCUGAUGUCGCGCCUGCCCCGUACACGUCGGACAACGGCGGUACCUCGCAGGGUAACGCGAAUGCGGGUGCGUCCGAUUCGAGCAAGAUCUCACAGCCGAAGAAGAUCACAACUGGAGACCGUGCCGGGGCGGGCAUCUUGACGGCUCUGGUGCUGGGAGGGCUGAUGUAUGGUCUGUAUUUUGUUAUGACCGAGAAGGACUAG